AUUAGAAAAAGAAAAUUGGGGAGAGAAAGAAAGAAGGAAGAAAGAACCAAAAAGCCCUACUCUUCAAAGCACUCAUUUGCUUCUCUCUCUCUCUCUCUCUCUCUCUAUUCUCUCUCUCUCUCCCCGAGCUUGAAAAUUAGAUCAAAAUUCAAAACCCCUCCAAGUCUCUGUGUGUGUGUGUGUGUGUCUCUCUCCUUCCUUCCGUUCUUCGCCGUCCCAUUCAUCAGAAAAACAAAUCCGUGUCCAUCUCACAACAAUCUAUUUCCAUCUCCCUGAAUUUCUCUCCGUCUUCUAUCCAUCUAUAUUUAUACAUAUAUAUAUAUUUGGAGCAAUUUGGAUAUCUACUAAGGGGUGAUCGUGCGUUCUGAAGAUGAGCAGCGGGGAUAAGGAUUCGAUCCCGAACAAUGUUCGCAAGAUGGUGCAGAACAUCAAGGAGAUCGCGGAUAGUCACAGUGACGAGGAGAUUUAUGCAAUGCUCAAGGAAUGUUCCAUGGAUCCCAACGAAACAGCCCAGAAGCUCCUGCUGGAGGAUAAAUUUCAUGAGGUCAAGAGGAAACGUGACAGGAAAAAAGAGAACUUGAGCAACAAAGAAUCAGCAGAAUCAAGGUGGAGACCUGGUACGCAAACACGGGGGAGUAAGGGUGGGCGGCCCAACUAUUUUCCUCGUUAUGCAGGGAAUGAUACUGCUGGUGGCAGAAGCUCUGCUCCUGGAAAGGAAAAUGGAAUGAAUCAAGUUUCAGACAAGGGAGCAUUCUCAUCUUCUUCUACUUCACAAGAGUCAAAAAGUAAAGAAAUUAGUCCUGCAACAAGCUCUCACACCAUCACAAGCAAUGGUCCAACUGCCAUAGCUUCUGAGAGUCUUGGUGUUGUACACGGUGCUCAUUUGUCUGUUGGAAGUUUGGUUAACCAGUCUGACGAGGGUUCAACCGUGGACAUUAGUAAGUCAGCGGAUCCGCCAACUAUUCUGUGCCCAGUUAAUGCAAAGGAAAGCCAUAGUAUUGAUUUUCAAACUGACAAAGAUGGACAAGUCAUAUCAAGCUUGAGUAACAGCUCAGCUGCUGGGACUAAAGCACCCCCUGCGGUUCAUUUCUCAGCUUCAGAUCCUGUGUUGAUGCCAUCUCAUGAUUCAUGGCUAUCUGGUGCUGUGGGUACAAUUAAACGUGAGGUGGGAAGUCAGCGAGUUACUGCAGAACAGAAUUCACUUGUCCAGCCUGAAGGAAAACCAACUGCUGCAGCAGCUUACGAGGAUGGAAGCUCCCUCAUGCAAGGAAAUACGCCCAACAAGCCUGUGGUUGUUGGAAAGAAUAAACAUCCAGAUUCUGUGCAAGCUGCAUCUUCUACUCAUGGUGGCUCUUCAGUUAUUAGGCCUUCAUAUAAUUACAAUUCUCGAUUGCAACAAGCAAUUGGACCUCAGAAGGGGGGUCCUGCUAAGGAGUGGAAACCAAAGCCAACAAACCUAAAUAUUGCUCAAGGGUCCGGGACAGCUGGUGCAUCUGAGGUCCCUACAGCAGUGGAAGCUGUCGCUGAGUCACACCCUGUAUCAAGUAUCAAUGAUUCUAGGGAAGCCACUUCAAAAUCACACAAGAAGCUUGAGGAGUUGCAUAUCUCAGAUGGUCAACAUGUUAUAAUCCCAAAUCAUCUUCAUGUCCCUGAAGCUGACAAAAUUGGUUUUGUUUUUGGAAGUUUUGAUGCUAGUUUUAGUUUGGACAUAGGACGUAACAACAGCCCUGAGAAUGACAGGACCUCUGCACCUGGUUCUGAAACUCCCAAGAGUUUUGAAGAAGUGGCUGAACAGUCCUCAAGCAGUCAAAAUCAACUGGUGGCUACCGAGGAAGGAGAUUAUCCUAAUAAUACCCAAUCACCUAGACAUGUAUCAGAAGAUUUAUCAUCUGGUGAGGGGGGUUUCUCAUCCACUGUGGACCAUGAGUAUAGUGAGUCUAAGCAAGAGACUGUGUUGCCUUCUGGAAGCUAUCAGUCUACAACAGUUCAUACUUCUCCUAGUUAUAGUUUUGGUUUCAUGCCACCUGUGGUUGGAGGCCAGAUUGCACAAUUUGAAAGCUCUGAGUCUCAAACACAUGAUGUUUCUCGUCUUCCGAGCUUUGUUGUUCCACAACCGCUUGAUCCAGCCAGCUAUUAUGCCCAAUUUUAUAGGUCUGGUGCUGAUAGUGAUGGCCGCAUUUCCCCCUUCCAUCCACCUGCAGUUGCGACCAAAUACAAUGGGAAUGUUGCCAUGUUAUCUCCACAGACUUCUCAGACUGCUCAAGAGAGCGGGAACCCUUUGGCUACGGCAGCCCCAGCUCUUGUGACUCAGGCUGCUGGGGUCAUGCAGAGCUCAAUUCCUAUGAAUCAACAACCUCUUCCUGUAUUUCGACAACCAACUGGGUUGCCUAUAACCCAUUAUCCCCCAAAUUACAUUCCAUACGGUCACUAUUUCUCCCCCUUUUUUGUUCCUCCUCCAGCCCUCCAUCAAUUUUUAAGCAACAAUGCAUUCCCCCAGCAACCGCAGGUUGGCAGCAUAUAUCCAGCUCCAACUGGAGCAGCUACCAAAUAUCCACUUUCACAAUAUAAGGCAGGAAGUAAUUCUGGAAACUCUACACAUGUUGGAGUGCCAAACAGCUAUGGACCGUAUAGCUCCUUUCCAGCUGGCUAUAAUCCCAGUUCUUCAGCAGCUGGAAACUCAACUGCCAAUGAGGAUCUCUCUGCUCCCCAAUUCAAGGAAACUAAUGUUUACAUGACAGGGCAGCAGAGUGAAGGUUCCGCAGUAUGGAUUGCUACACCAGGUCGUGAUAUUUCUGGCUUACAGGCUGGUUCUUUCUACAACAUUCCUCCUCAGGGUCAAGUGACUUUCACCCCAACGCAGGGCAGCCAUGGAACCUUUGCUGGUAUCUAUCACCCUGCGCAGGCAGUUUCAGCAGCGUCCAUUCAUCCUCUCCUACCACAAUCUCAGACAGUGGCCUCAGCUGUUGAUAUCGUGGGUCCUACAACCAGUGUGUAUCAGCAGCCUCAGCAUUCACAAAUUAACUGGCCAAAUAACUACUGAAGGAGAUAUCUUUAUUUCACAAACUGGCGAAAACAAGAAUUGAAAACCCAAACGUUGGGAUUGUUAGGAGUCCAACAAAUUGAGGCGGAGGAAAACAUUGAAAAGGUACAAGAUUGGCCUGGAGUGAGUGUAAAUCUGUAGAUGGAUUUUGGAAAAAUUGGCCAAUGAUAUCUGCUGAUUGCUUGGGUGGGACCAUAUAGGCGAAAUCCUUCUGUAACAGAUAUUAACCAUUUUAAGUUAGUUGAGGCGGUAUAUGCAGCUCUUCCCUUUAUUGCUGGUGGUAUGUGCUAUUUACCAUUCACAAUGGAAAGCCUUUGAUAAUUCCAAACUAUACUGGAGUUAAAUGUGAGUGUUGAGAAACUUUUUCUGUCGCACUUUCCUGAUUUCCCCCUCUUCUUAUUUGAGGUUUUUAUAUAGGACUGUGGAAGGUAAAAUUUUAGGUUUUUAGGGAAUGUUCCCAUUUCUGUUUUGUUGUCUUUUGCUGUCUUACCUGUAAAGUGAUCUUUGAUAGCAAGAAAAGAUGUACUAAACUGUUGUAAUCGGUUUUAUUAUAAGCAAAAUCACAACCAAUUGUUCCAGUUGAUACUGA